ACCAGUUAGAAAAUAUGACUUGUCGUGAUAUCUGCUACGAUACAUGAACCUUACAUGUCUUCACCUCAAUAUAAAUUGUCUAUGACAUACUUCCCGCCUAUUGGAGGAAAAUCCAUACACCAAUCCAAGUUCAACCUGUAUUUCUCAACUCACUACAUCCUUUCCAUGUAUCACCUACAAGACUCGUAAAUUUACAUGUACAUACCCGAAACGCCAUUUCGCACGAUACUAAAACGUCAAGACCUUCUUCAACCACUAGCCGUAGCAGCAAACCCACUUCAUCGUGCUCACAAGCAACCUCCCUCUCUUACCCCUUACAUCCUCUACCCCCAAAACUCCAGUUCACAAAACGUCAGUCCCAAACAACCCCCCCACCACACCCAUUCCCACCUAUCACACCUACACGACGCACCCACCCAAACCCCUCAACGAGAUAUAGAUAUCAACCUUCGCCCCAUCUAUCCAUCAACUCUCCUCCAUCCUCCACUCCACCCCAAUCCCCCACUAAUUCCCCACUCUAACCUCCAGCGCCAAGCCCCCCCCUCCACAGUACACAAAACACACAAAUUUCCUAUCCCGGCAUCCAUCGAAACCAGUCCAUCGUCGAUUGCUCACCCACCUUCCCCGCGGCGCUUUCUCCUGCCAAGAAAAGUGCAAAAAAACCCCCCCCUUCCCCGCUUAAUACAAUGUAUGUAACGUUGCUGGGGGCGUUUUUUUUCUUUCGAUCUUCUCGCUAAUCGAGCGAUUGGGGUGGCGGUUAUGUCAUUUUUGGCGCAUGG